AUGUCACCAUUUUAUGAUGGCAUGCCACCACUUCUUCUCAUGCACAUACAGGUGGUGGAGGCAGCCCAUUUUGCAGUCUCUCUCUCCUCCUCUCUCUCUACUAUGCAAGCUCACCAAAGAAGAAAACACCACCUCAGAACAGCAACCACAGCUGUUCCGCCACCACCAAACAUCAUGAAGGAGGAGGAGGAGGUGGUGGUGGUGGUGGAGGACUACAAUUACCUCCUCCCCAUACCAAACCCAUUCUUUUUCUUCACAAAAUUCUUGUCCUUCCAAGCAGAGAUCAUCUACAACUGCUUGGUUUCUGUCUUCUCACCCUUCAUCUCUAUCUUCUCCCUGGCUACUGAGUCCCUCUACCAAGCAAAAGUGGCGAAAGACCGAGUCGAAUUGGCGGUCCAUGCCGCGGCCACUGCGGUCCCUUCAAGGGUUGCACAUGGCAGCAGCCUCCUGCUGAGGAGGCUAGGGUUAGGGUUUCUGGGUGCUGCGUAUGUGGGGAUGGUUCUAACAGUGGUCAUGGUUUUGGCAGUCAUAUUGGGUGUUGGGUUGGUGCAGUUUUGGGUGGAGGAGCCUGUGAUUGUGAGAGAGAAGUUGUACUUUGACUACACUGAUAUUCAUCCAAACGCUGUCUUAUCAUUUGGUGGUGGUGGUGGUGGUGGAGGAUUUGGAUUUGGAUUUGGAGGAUACAACAAAAAUAAGAAGAUGGGUGUGCCAGUUGGGCACACAUUUUAUGUUUCUUUGGUUCUUUUGAUGCCUGAAUCUGAUUUCAAUAGAGACAUUGGGGUUUUUCAGUUGACUGCAGAACUCAUAUCAACUAAUGGAGAUGUAAUAGCUAAAUCUAGCCAACCCUGCAUGUUGCGGUUUCAAAGCCUCCCGGUUCGGCUCAUGCGAACAUUUCUUACAGGCAUACCCCUGAUACUAGGAAUAACAUCUGAAACCCAGAAGAUAGUCAUUGCAGUAUUAAAGCACAAGGAAGGGAAACCGAGGACGAAAUGUAUCAGAAUAACCUUGAUUCCGCGGGCUGGAACUUAUUCUCUUCCCCAGAUAUACGAAGCCGAGAUUUUCCUGAACUCUCAGCUCCCUCGAGUAAAAGAAAUUGUGCGCCAUUGGAAAUGGACAUUUUUUGUGUGGACUUCACUCCAUAUGUACAUUAUGCUUCUUGCAAUUCUUGGCUGUUGCUUUAGGCCACUCAUCUUCGCAAAGAUAGCAGCAAAUUUCAAGCGAUCUUCGACCAAGGAAGUGUCAAAAGAACCAAGGGAUCAACCACGUCAGAGGGCUAGAGAGGAAAGGGAUAUUUCAGAGACAUUGGGAAGAUGGCGUCGAAGUAGAAGCAAGAGGAAGGCAAUGCUGUUGCAAGGGUAUUUGCCCGAGGCUGAAGGCUCGUCUGCUUCGAGCAUUACCAUAGCUAGAGAAGAUAUGAGUGCGACUAGAGAUGACACAAGCACAGUUGUUGGAGAAGAUGAUGGGGAUGCAGAAUCAGUCCAUUUUGGAGGCUGGGUUGACGGGUAA